AUGGUAAUGACAAAGUAUGGCCUAGAAGGCAAACUCCAUGAAGAGCAUCGAUUGAUCAAGGACGGCAUCCUGAGGGAUGAUAAUCCUCUUGACCAAAGCAAUGAGUUCAAUGAAUUUCUUAUUGCGUGCCGUCAUGGCGACCUUCGGGAAUGCCAAGAGCUCAUCAAUCAAGGCGUCAAUAUCAACGGCAAAGACAAAUUCGAUUAUACGCCGUUGAUUAUUGCUAGCUUGUGUGGUCAUUAUGAACUUGUUCAAUUGCUGCUGGAAGCUGGAGCCCUCGCAGAAAGAAAUACGUUUCAAGGAGAAAGAUGUAUAUAUAAUGCUUUGAACGACCGCAUACGAAAUCUUCUUCUCCAGUAUGACUUUUCCAAGUCCUCGGAUCCUUUUGUGUACUGGUCAUCGCACAUUACGGCGCUGAUGGAUAUGGAGACACCGAAGACAUCCGACAUUAUACUAACCUCUGACAAUCGCGCUUUCAAACUGCACAAGUUUCUUCUUUCUGCGAGAUCACCGUAUUUCCGCAAAAAGCUUGAGGCGCAGCCGGAUACGGAAACUUGGAAGCUCGCCACCGCGAUUCCGGACGAGUCAUUUCGGGUUGUGCUUCGGUAUAUCUAUCUAGGAGACGUACCCAGGGACCUUUCAUCAUCCAGAAAUGACGUGUCAGAUGAGGCUAUUCUGACAGGCAUCGACAAGAUCAGCAAGCAGUUGGAAAUCGACCACCUGUGGGAGGCCAUCCUCGAGGGCAACGACCGUCGCCUCGCGCGGCAGCGCUACCAAGACGAAGUUGGUCGAGCUCUGAAGCAGGUCGGCGACUUCUUCCAGGCCAACAUCAUCGGUCACAAAAUGGUGGUUGACACGGACCACGUCGACAAAGUCACCUGGAAGCACGGCAACUCCAUCUUUGCCGACAUUUUGCUCCGCGCCGACGAGCCCGAGUCCGAGGAGCAAGACGACACCCCGACGCCUCCGGACCCGUUACUCGUCCAGAGCACGUCCGGUAUCCCGAUUGGUCCCGCCGACGCCGCUCCGACGGAGCGCGGAGUCCGCAAGUCGGUGCUGUACCCCGCGCACAAGGCCAUGCUCAUCCGCAGCGACUACUUUGAGCGCAUGUUCUCGGGCGAUUUCGUCGAGUCGCGCAAGGAGGACAAACUGCGCGUGGUGAGGGUCGACUGUAGCCCCGCGGUGCUGGAGCUCGUGCUCGCGUUCUUGUACACAGAGACGGUUGUAUGCCCGCUCGAGCACGCGCUGGAGUUGCUUUACGCGGCCGACAUGCUCUUUCUCGACGCGCUCAAGGCCAAGGCGGCCGUUGCGAUUAGCACCCUCGGCAGCGGCCGCAGCAACGCGCUCAUCGACCGCACCCAUGGCGGCGGCGGCGGCGGCGGCAAUGGCGACAACAGUGCCUCGACCAAACAGCAGCAGCAGCAGCAGCAGCAGCAGCAGCAAUCGCAGACCCCGCCCGUCGAGGACGUGGAACCCAUCAACAUCUACGACGUCAUCCACGCCGCGUGGGACCUGCGCGUGCAGCGCCUCGAAGAGUUUGCAGCGCGCUACCUCGCUGGCCGCCUCGAGGACUACAUUGACGACGCCGAGUUCCAAGAGCUCAUCCGCGAGAGCGCCGACCGCAUCCAGAAGCGCGAGGAGACGGACACGAUUGAGUUACUCGACGACAUUCGCUACUACCUGUCUGAGCGGUUUCGCCUGCGCUUCGAGGACGCCGGCAUCGACGACAUCCUGCAAGGGGACGGCGACAUGACUGCCGCCGCAGCCGCCGUCGACAAUGGCGCAGAAGCUCCCAGCGGUGCUGUUGCGUCUGCACCCACGACGAAUGGCGUGCGCACGCUCGACGGCGAGGCGGCCGAGGACGAGUUUGUGUCGGACGCCGUCAACUAUCAGGUGCUGCUGGGCAAGAUUGACAGCAUGCUGGAGCGGCUGCAUCUAGAUGCGUAA